GAAGGCCAAACCUCGUCGUUCAUGAUUUGACUGACUGAAGGAGCCAGAGCACCUGAAAAGCGACAGAAGAGAAGAGGAGAAAUGGAUCGUGCAUCUCGCUCUUCGUCGUCGUCGUCGGAUUCCUCCUUCUCAUCGACCAAGGCAUGGAUCGUGCACGGCAUUGUAGCCGGUGCCGCCAUUGCCGCCGCUCUCGCAGCUCGAACUUAUCUCGGCGGAUCCAGAAAGUUUAGGAGCCGCGUCGUUGGGAUCAUUCCCGCUCGUUUCGCCUCUUCACGCUUCCCCGGCAAGCCGCUCGUUCAAAUCCUGGGGAAACCCAUGAUACAGAGAACUUGGGAGAGGGCUAAGCUUGCGACCUCUCUGAAUCAUGUAGUUGUGGCAACGGAUGAUGAAAAGAUAGCAGAAUGCUGUCGAGGGUUUGGUGCUGAUGUUAUAAUGACCUCAGAAUCCUGUCGCAAUGGUACUGAACGUUGCAAUGAAGCUCUACAAAAGCUUCAGCAAAAAUAUGAUGUUGUCGUCAAUAUUCAGGGAGACGAGCCUUUGAUUGAACCCGAGAUAAUUGAUGGAAUUGUCAAAGCUUUGCAGGCAGCCCCAGAUGCAGUGUUUAGCACAGCUGUAACAGCUUUGAAACCUGAAGAUGCAUUCGAUCCUAACCGUGUCAAAUGCGUGGUGGAUAACAAAGGUUACGCCAUCUAUUUUUCCAGAGGGCUGAUACCCUAUAAUAAAUCAGGAAAAGUCAAUCCAAGGUUUCCUUAUAUGCUCCACCUUGGUAUUCAGGUAUGGACAAGAGUGUUCCUUGCUACUGUUUUCUGCAUCAGGACAUUAAUAAAAGGGAGAAUCAGCGUUUUGUUAUUGCUGUACAGCACUAGCCAAAUUGUGUUUUUAACUCUUCACAAUGAUGUGAUAUGGUCUUUCCAGAGCUAUGAUACAAAGUUUCUGAAGCUAUACGCAGAACUUCCACCUACACCUCUGCAACUAGAAGAAGAUCUUGAACAGCUUAAAGUCCUUGAGAAUGGUUACAAAAUGAAGGUAAUAAAGGUUGACCACGAAGCUCAUGGUGUUGAUUCCCCGGAAGAUGUUGAGAAGAUCGAAGCUUUGAUGCGUGAGCACAACUUGUCCUAGCUUUGUUCUAAUACGUCGAGAUGGUAUUCAGAAAACUCCUACUUGGUUAAAUUUUACAAAUCCGAAUGAAGCUGGAAUGCUGAUAGCUGUGGUACGGGUUUACGUUCAUUUCCUCUCCCUUUGAACAUUAAAGCAAAGUUGGAACCUUGGGCUUCUUGGCACCUCUGCACUUUGAUGUUAGGGUCAUUGAGUUUUCUUCCCAAUAGGUUGUAACAAUUUUGAUUAUCGUAGAUUGACUGCGGAUAACGGAACAGACGGAGGGAACUAGACCUCUGUUGAGCGGAGUGGGGAACCUCUGUGGAGUUGGUUGUGUACUUGUGUUAUAGGAAGCUGGUUUAUAUGCUGUUCUGCACUAUUGAUGGAUUAAAGUAGUCAGCUGUCUAUAAAGUUCAUGGCUUUGAUUGCCUGCUUUUGUUCAGUAGCAAUCUCCACAAUUUCUAUCGUUUCCCCCCAUUUCGUCCUUCAUGUUCUCUAGCAUUAUUUUGUGGAAAGGAGGGUUCCAUCGGU